AUGGAAUAUUGUAAAGAACAUUAUACACGUAGCAAACUAAAUCCUACGGAAAUUCAAAAAAUAAAAAAUAAUGAAUUCACCUUAAUUUUCAUUAUUAAUAAUGAUUAUUCAAUUAGUAAUAUUGGUGAUAAGGAAUCACUAAUUGAGCAUGUCAAUACUAUGAGAGAAGACAUCAAAUACAUAGAACUUUAUGAUUUAAAGACAAACCAAUUAGUAAAUACCUUUCAGAGACAGAAUUUAUCGUUAUUUAAAUCAAUAUUAUAUGAACUUCCUAUUCAUUACGCAAUAUCAAACAAUAUAACAAAUUAUUGGCAUAUUUGUCGUAUUCAUUUAAAGGAAUCAAAAUAUAUUCGAUCGAAAGUGGCUUAG